UCAAAAUCGACAAAGAACGACGAUUAUAUUUUUCUCAACUAGCUGUUCACCUCUACGUCAAACAAACCUAUAACUACACAACCACACAACUGCACCCACAAAUGCCCAAGAGGAAAGUGCCACCCACCGAAAUGUCAUCAGAAUCGAUCGCUCCCGGACCUCGUCACUCCAAACUCUCAGAGUCCGAAUCCACCGACGCUUCAGACGCAGCGGCAACCCCAGAAUCCUCCGAUGCCGCUCAAAAAACUAAAGAGCGUGCCGAACGCUGGAAUGCUCUAAAAUGCCGUGCUAAAAAAUCCGCCGAAGUAAACCGCAAAGAAGUCUACGCCGAGCGUCGCCGUCAAGCCGUAGAUCCUUCAGAAACCUCCCGGCUCAACCGCAAGCGCGACGAGGCGGAAUUCAAACUUGCCAAGGCCGAAGCAGAAGAUGACGGGGAGGACUUUGAGCGAAAGAGAGCGUGGGACUGGACCAUUGAAGAGAGCGAACGUUGGGAUAAACGCAUGGAGAAGAAAAAGAAGCAUGUUGAGGACGUUGCUUUCCAAGCAGACUACACCCAGACCGCCCGCAAAAUCUACAAGAAGCAGCUCCGCGAAUUACAACCCGAUCUCGAAUCCUACGCCGCCGAGAAAGCAAAGUUAAUCCGCGACGGGACCAUUGUCGAGACCGAGGAUGGAGAAUUGAUCGCCGUGGAUCGCGAUGGGGAGUUCUACGCCGACACCAACUCCCUUGGCUUCAUUGAUAACAAGCCCAGCAAAGGCGCCGUCGAUAGGUUAGUCGGCGACCUUAAGAAAGCCGAAGAUGCCCGCAUGCGCAGGCGCAAGGGCGGCGAUGAGGAGGAUGUGACCUACAUCAAUGAUAAGAAUAAGCAGUUUAAUCAGAAGUUGGCGAGGUACUAUAAUAAGUAUACUGGGGAGAUUAGAGAUAGCUUUGAGAGAGGUACUAUGGUUUAGAGAUGGGUUGUUCGUGACAUUGGCUUGGCUGGCGUAAUGGUUGGAAAUGACACAUCGAGGGGCUAGUUAGCGGCAGUUUGUGCUCCCUUGUUGGUAGUGUUUAUUCUACAGAUGUAGUCUACUCGAGUAGAAGUCUUAAUUUAGUGGGUGAUCUGCGC